AUGUUUCGAAUCGUGUCGUCUGGCGAUUCGCUGCUACGAGCGUUUGCAGCAUUAAACAUUGGUCGCCAAACCGUUCCGAUAUGUGGCGCAACAAGGGCGCUGCAUUUUACCACCAGCCACAAACCGGCAAAUGAGCCGCAUCGAGACCGUACGCUGCUGCAACCUGUCGUUCCUACAUUAUGUAAUGUGAGGCAAACGAGUUUCUUCAACAAACUUCCCGCGGAACAGAUCUGGAAGGGUGUCAUCUCGGUCAGUAAUGCCGGUAAGAAGCGUGGUCGUGGUAAAGGUUCCGGACGCAUCACGGCGAAGGAUCUGAACAGGGGACAGGUUAUUGGCUACGGUAAAGCGAACAUGGUAUGGCCCGGACUGUCUGCCCCUGUGAUACGUGGCCGCGAACUGGUACAGCAGCAAAAGCUACCGGAAGACAAAGAGCGUGAAGCAAAGCUGCGGCGCAUUCGCGAUGAGAUGGUAAACUUUAAACGGCUCAAGCUAAGCCCGCUCGAGCGUGGAUGGUCCGGUUCGAAAAUGCCGGGCCGCAGUAUCGGACCACCAGAUGCAAUCGGUGAAGAUGAGUUUGUAGGAUUCGACACCAAGUGUCUGGAGCUGAAGGCGGUAGUCAACAUGAAGGGUAACCAUGGCCGGAAGCGUCGCGUUUCGGCGAUGGUAGUAACGGGCAAUGGAAACGGGCUGGCCGGGUUCGGAUUCGGAAAGGCAAUUGAAGGACGAGCCGCGUUGCGGCAGGCAAAAAACCGUGCCGGCCAGAAACUGAUGCAUUUCGAUCUUUGCAAUGGGCACACGGUGUUCCACGACUUUCACUGUCAGUUCGGAGCUACGAAACUGUUUGUCGAGCGUAAACCAGAAGGCUUUGGGCUAAAGUGUCACCGAGCGAUUCGGACGGUGUGUGAGGUGCUGGGCAUUAAGGAUUUGCGCGCCAAAUGUGAAGGCUCAACCAAUGUGCAGCACGUGGUAAAAGCGUUCUUCAUCGGGUUACUGAAGCAAAAGGAUCACCAACAAAUAGCGGAAGAAAAGGGUCUUCAUGUGGUGGAAUUUCGGCCGGAAAACAUGAACUUCCCGAAAGUGGUUGCAAGCCCGACGGUGUGUCGUACCGAGCAGGAGCUAGAAAAUAAUGAAAUUCUUGACUUUACGCAGUACUGUAUGGAUGGGAAGAUUCAGUUGCAGAAGAAAAAGUUCCCACCGUUCUAUACGAAGUUCCGGUCGUGGGAGAUUUACCUUAAGAAGCAGGAGUAUUUGCGGAAUCAGGAUAAGGUACGGCUACGGAUGAUGGCGGAAACGGGCGAGGUGCGUAGCUAUCUCACGGAAAAGUAUCCCGAGUGUAAAAUGGGACCUGGACGGAAGGAUGAGUAAGCGCA